AUGUCUCUUGGGUAUGCUGAGAAACUUUCCUUCAUAGAAGAUGUAGGCAACGUUGGAAUGACUGAACAUUUCGACGCAUCUACCAUUUUGCGUGAAAAAAUCGAGCAACUCGCUGUUAUGAUUAAAAAGAGUAAGCAUCUAGUAGUGUUUACAGGUGCAGGAAUAUCAACUUCUUGUGGUAUACCUGAUUUUCGAGGUCCCAAAGGAAUUUGGACGCUUCAGCGUGAAGGUAAAGCCUUGCCUGAAGCAUCAUUACCAUUUCACCGUGCAGUGCCAAGCUUGACUCACAUGGCUAUCGUUGAAUUAGAAAAGGCUGGUAUUUUGAAGUUUGUUAUCAGCCAGAAUGUUGACGGUCUCCAUCUUCGAUCUGGAAUACCAAGGGAAAAACUGUCUGAACUGCACGGGAAUUCCUUUAUGGAAACUUGCCCUUCUUGUGGAGCUGAGUACUUUCGUGAUUUUGAGGUAGAAACUAUUGGCUUAAAGGAGACAUCACGGCGCUGUUCAGAUGCAAAAUGUGGAGCAAGACUUAAGGAUACAGUCCUUGACUGGGAGGAUGCAUUACCGCCGAAGGAGAUGAAUCCUGCUGAGAAGCACUGCAAACAGGCAGAUAUAGUGUUAUGCUUAGGGACAAGUCUGCAAAUAACUCCAGCCUGCAACUUGCCUCUUAAAGCACUUCGUGGCGGAGGUAAAGUUGUCAUUGUAAAUCUUCAGAAAACCCCAAAGGACAAAAAUGCCUCUCUAGUCAUUCACGGGUUUUCCGAUAAGGUAAUUGCAGGUGUCAUGGAGCACCUAAAUCUGCGGAUUCCUCCUUUCAUAAGGAUUGACCUUUUCCAGAUUAUUGUUGUGCAUGCUUUGAGCAACGAUAAAAGAUAUGUGAACUGGACUCUUCAAGUUGCUAGUUCUCAUGCCCAGAAAGCAGCAUUGCCGUUCAUCAAGUCUGUCGAGGUUUCCUUCUCGGACAAGGAAGGUUUCAAAGAAGCCAUUCUGGAUAAGCAACCAUUUCGGCUUAAAAGAAGAACAGCAUAUAACAAAACUUUUGAAAUGGUUCUAAACCUCAAUUUUGGUGAAGGCUGUGGUUGCUCGUCUCUUGAAGUUGAUGUCCCGAUCGAUUUUAUGAGUUCAACUGACUGCUUCAACUUCGACAAGGAUGUCAUAUUCCAAAAGCUGAGAGACAAGGCAGUCUUCGAGUCAAAAUGCGGUCAGAAUGCCGUUAUCGAGAGAAAAACCAUCUUGACACCUAGAAGCGAAAUUACUACCUAUGCAAUCGUAACCAACGUUGUUCAUUACAGCAAACCAGUUCCCGAUUCUCUAACCAAUUGUGAUCUUAAAAAGAGAAAAGAUAUCAUGAUUGGCACAGGAUCGUCUUGGAAGCGAUCGAAAGUUUCUAAGGGUAAAUCGUUAUCAAAGAAGGAAUGA